GCACAUCAAGACGGCCGUAUCCGCGUAUGGAACCGAUCCCCCCGCUCCGGCCUCCAUCGCCUCGUGGACACCCUCCCCACCACUGCCGAUCGUCUCCUUCGAUUUCCCCUCCCAAAAAACCACAUAACGAUCCGUCGCCACCACAAACGGCUCUGGAUUGAGCACGCGGAUGCUGUAUCUGGAAUCGUCUCCCAGGCUUCCGGCCUCCUCUACUCUGUUUCAUGGGACAAAACCCUCAAGAUCUGGUCGGUCUCCGCCCUUCGAUGUCUGGAAUCGAUAUCGGCGCACGAUGACGCCGUAAACGCCGUGGUUGUCGCAGAGGACGGCACCGUGUAUACGGGAUCGGCGGAUCGGAGGAUUCGGGUUUGGGCGCGACUGGAUGGAGCGAAGAAGCAUGAGCUGGUAGCGACGCUUGAUCGGCAUCGAUCGGCGGUGAACGCGCUGGCGCUGAGCAGUGAUGGUUCGAUUCUGUAUUCCGGGGCUUGCGACCGGUCGGUUUUAGUGUGGGAGAGGGAAGAGAAGGUAGGUUGCAUGAAGGUCACCGGAGCUCUGCGGGGGCAUGAGAGGGCGAUUCUUUCGCUCGCUUGUGACGGGGAGAUUGUCGUGAGUGGCUCUGCUGAUGGGGUUGUGAGGGUUUGGAGAAGGGAUGGGAUAAGGAGGGCGUAUGAUUGCCUGGCGGUAAUGGAGGGCCACGCAAAGGGCGUGCGGUCGCUUGUGCUGGUGAGGAUGCCUGUGUCCGGCGGAGAUCGGGGAGGUUCCGGUGAAGAGGAGUAUAGAGUUUGCAGUGGGAGUUUGGAUGGAGAGGUUAGGGUUUGGCGGCUUCUUAUCUUUUCCUACUGAAGUUUAAUCAGCAGCAAGCAUGCUGGAUUAAUUCUGGAGCUAGUCUUUGGAGAGCAAAUAUUAUUUGUGUGGUCGGCUCGAUUACAUGUCCGAAUGAUGAUUUGAAUGAGCUAUCAACUGUGUGAUUGUUUCGGACCUUCGUCUGUACGUACAGUGCGGCACCUUCGAUGGAUAUUGAUUGCUCUUUAAUAAGUUGGAGAUUAUCUUGAGAUUUUUCUCAUGACCUUAAUAUAGAAAUGAUAUUGCAUCUGCAAUCUGGACGUAAAAUUAUGCCCGGAUAAUAGACCUGAUACACCGGCUGGAGCGGAGGAGGAAAAAAAAAAACAAACUCCCCUAGUGUAUCACGUCCGUUAUCCAAUCGUAGUUUGCGUCCGGCCUCCAGAGGUAAUAUUUUUUUUCUUAA